UCACGUGAUAUAUUUCGCGCCAGGUUCGUCUGUGUGAUUUUGUACACAAAAGGGUCUGCUAGCUGUUCAAGAAAUAUUGUUUUCGUUGUCGAAUUUGAUUGAAAUACAGUAAAUUACAAGUUCACACCAUGGCAGCCAGGGAUUACAUUGCAGAAAAGGACAAAUGCAAAGGCUUCUUGACUGAUUUCUAUGUCGAUGGAGGAAGGAAAGGGAAGAAGAACUUCAAAUAUGCACAACAGUUGGUGAGCAUUGCACACAGAGAGCAGGUUGCCCUCACCAUCGACCUCGACGACGUCUCUGAACACGAUCCAGAACUUGCUGAGGCCAUCGUUGAGAACACCCGCCGUUACAUCCAGCUCUUUGCUGAUGCGAUCCAUGAUCUGCUUCCAGAUUACAGACAGAAAGAGGUGAUCCACAAAGAUGCGUUGGACGUGUACAUCGAGCAUCGUCUUCUUAUGGAGCAGAGGGUGAGAGGUCCUAACGCUGGUGAGCAGCCUCGUGAUGCAAGGAACCAGUUCCCCGCUGAACUCAUGAGGAGAUAUGAGCUGUACUUCAAGACAUCCUCCCAGCAGAAAGCCCUCUCUGUCCGUGACAUCAAGGCAGACCGCAUCGGCAAGCUGGUCCAGGUCCGAGGUAUCGUGACCAGGUCAACAGAGGUCAAGCCCAUGAUGACCGUUGCUACCUACACCUGUGACCAGUGCGGUGCUGAGACUUAUCAACCGAUCAAUUCACCGAUGUUCAUGCCACUACUGACAUGCCCUAGUCAAGAAUGUACAACAAACAAGUCCGGUGGCCGUCUCUACCUCCAGACCCGAGGGUCGAAGUUCGUCAAGUUCCAGGAGGUCAAGAUCCAGGAACAGAGCGACCAGGUUCCCAUCGGUAACAUCCCCCGCAGCAUGACGGUCUACGCUCGGGGCGAGACGACGCGCCAGUGCCAGCCGGGCGAUCACGUCAGCGUCACCGGCGUGUUCCUCCCGAUGUUGAGGGCGGGCUUCAGGCAGAUGACCCAGGGUUUGCUCUCGGAGACCUUCAUGGAUGCACAUAGUAUCAUCAAGAUGAACAAAGCUGAUGAUGAAGAGAUGUCAAUGGAAGAGCUAUCUGAGGAGGAGGUUCAGCAGAUUGCAGAGGAGGACUUCUAUGAGAAGCUUGCCUGUUCCAUCGCACCCGAGAUCUACGGAAUGGAGGAUGUCAAGAAAGCUCUCCUCUUACUCCUGGUCGGUGGGGUCGAUAGGUCGCCCAAGGGCAUGAAGAUUAGAGGUAACAUUAACAUCUGUUUGAUGGGUGAUCCUGGUGUAGCCAAAUCUCAGUUGCUGGGAUACAUUGACCGUCUUGCACCAAGGAGUCAGUAUACGACAGGUCGAGGGUCAUCUGGUGUUGGUUUGACCGCUGCGGUCAUGAAGGAUCCCAUCACGGGUGAGAUGAUUUUGGAAGGGGGCGCCCUCGUGCUGGCUGAUGAGGGCGUAUGCUGCAUCGACGAGUUUGACAAGAUGAACGAGACGGACAGGACGGCUAUCCAUGAAGUGAUGGAACAACAGACUAUCUCUAUUGCAAAGGCUGGUAUCAUGACCUCGUUGAAUGCCCGCGUCUCCAUCCUGGCUGCUGCCAACCCCGCCUAUGGUCGUUAUAACCCCAAGAAAUCCCUCGAGCACAACAUCCAGCUUCCGGCGGCUCUCCUCUCUCGAUUUGAUCUACUGUGGCUCAUCCAAGACAAGGCGGACAGGGAGAAUGAUUUGAGACUUGCCCAGCAUAUCACCUAUGUUCAUCAGCAUUGCAAGCAACCUCCCACCCAGACAAACCCACUUGACAUGAACCUAAUGAGACGUUAUAUCGCCCUCUGUAAGACCAAACAGCCAGUCAUCCCAGAGGCGUUGACAGACUACAUCACAGGGGCAUAUGUAGAGAUGCGUAAAGAGGCUCGCGGGAGCAAGGAUUCAACAUUCACAUCUGCCAGAACUCUGCUUAGUAUUCUCCGACUUGCAACGGCUCUGGCCCGUCUGCGUUUGAUUGAGGUAGUGGAGAAGGAGGAUGUCAACGAAGCAAUGCGUCUCAUGGAGAUGUCUAAGGAAUCUUUGAUUGGCCAGUCAGAUACGGCUGCAAGGCCCCAGCGUGCCGAAGACGUGAUCUACCGAAUCGUGUGCGAUGCGAUCUCCGAGAUGUCCGGCCGCAGCAUCAAGUACACCGAGGCGAGGCAGGCCUGCCUCGCCAAGGGCUACACCAACGACCAGUACGAGGAAGCCAUCGAAGCAUACGAGGAGCUCAACGUUUGGCAGGUCAACACGGCGAAAACAAAGAUCACACUGGUCUAGAACGAUGAUGACGAUAUGGACAAUUCAGUUUGCAAGCACAGACACGAAUUCGAUGUUUAAAAAACUUAUACCAUGUCUAGAAUGAAGACUAGACUCUAAUCUCUCUCUCUCUCUCUUUGUAUCAUGCAGCCACAGUGCAUAAGUGAAUUUAGUCUCACUAUUUCAGACACUAAAUUAUUUACGCAUGACAAGAAAUCAAAGGUCUGUGCCUGCAGACUAUCGAAGAGUAUGUGCGGACAUUGCCGUUGAAUACAUCAGAGAUGCCAAGUUCAAAGACCAGCUAGGCGUGAGAUUUUCUGUGAAUCUGAGUGAGAUCACAGACAUUGUGUACAAUGUAUAUGGGGAUAGGCUGUGAUAGUUGCGUGAGAUAGAGAUUUGAGGGGAUGAACAAGAGUCCAAAAUGCUUGAGUCUUGCGCAUAAUGCGUGAGACUUUUUAGCUCUGAUACAUAGGAAUAUCAAGCAUUGGCAGAUGCGCGUUAAUGAGAGGAUCCUGUGGGCUUUAGAAUCUAACGCUGGCAAAGCGACCUUAGAGGAAAAUGUGAACUCAUGUGGUGUAAUCAAAGAACGCAGAAGAGGAGCAGCAGGACGAAUUGGGAAAUAAGUAUGUCUGAAUCUAUGUGGGGCCACUGUGAAAUAAUUUUCCUCUGCUGUCCAGUGCAUAUGAACACAUGUGUUAGUUUUUUAGGAUAAAGAAAAAAUAAAAUAAAUUAUAGAAAAAUAUUAGUCAUAUAUUAGUCUGGUAAAAGUCCAUUGAUGAAUGAUAGAUCUGUAAUUUAAAAAAAAAUUCUGUGAUGUCACAUGCGAGCAGCUCCUUUUGUCAUGGAUGUUUUCCUCUUGAGUACCUGCUUUUCCUAAAACCAUUUUCCCUUCAAUGCGUCAAAAUCCUGUAGUCUUUGAAUAAUAACACAUUAUUUGGUUCAUUAGGAGACCUCUGGAUAUGAGGUAAACUAUCAAGAUGUUGUGAUGAGAUAUUGGGCAAGAAUUCUGUGAAAACAAUUCCUCAAUUUGAAAUCAUAUGUUAUGUAAGGGAAAAGGGAAGAGAAAGAAAAUUUUGUAUCCUUGAUCAAAGAUGCAAUUCAUUUCCUCCGAUUUGAAGAGAUAGAAAAAAUACUUUCAUUUUGUGACAUCCAGGCUUUAAGGUUCAUAUCAGGAAAAAUGAAUGAAUCCCCUAUUAAGAACAAAGAAUACAAGAGAUAUGUUGAAAUAUAUUUAAUUUAAGACAAGGGGUUCUUUUGAAAAAAAAAAAAAAAUUGUGUGAGGUGUAUUAGGGGCUUUAAAGGCCCAAUCACAUGCUCACAUUGUUCUGUGCAAGCCUUAUGGGUGGGUUGCAUGCAGGUGAUUGCCUGCAACUCACUGGCAAAAUUUUUUUGAGCGUGUUCAAAAAAUUUCUGCGUGCAAAUCAGAAUCGUGCGCUUCUGCAUGUGAGCUGCAUGCAAGAUACCAUCAAUGCAGGUGGCAAAAAUAGUUGCCCACAAGGCUUGCAUGGAGUGACACAACAGGGCCUUAAGAAAGAAAAAGAUAAAUUUUUAUUGAAAUAAUUAUCUUUAUGAAAAUUUUCUGGAAUUGCAAUAUUCUUGUAUUUGAUUUCACUGUACAAGCACUAAUUUCAUACAGAAAUUCAACUUACUUUGGAAUAAUAUGUAAGCCUUCAAGGUGUAUUUAAUCUUUCCAAACGUGUUUUUUUUCUUUAUUGCAUGCAAGAGAUGACUACUUUAUCUUGGCAGAAUCCUGGUUCAAAACAAAUGAAGCAAAAAUAUUUAUAAACAAAGGAAAUCCUCCUUUUUCCAUUUAGAAAGGAAAGCACAAAGAGAGGAAAUGAUAGUGAUAGCAAUGACAAUCAUUUUCCUGUUUCCUGGUUAAUUAUGACUUUUUAAAAUAAGAGCAACUUGAAAGGGAAAGUAAAUAUGGGGAGGUGAAACUUUUUUUACUCCUUUCUGUGAUACUUAUGAAGAAUGUUAGUGCAAAAGGUCAUUGGGGAUAAUUGCCUUUCAAAUGCCCUCAUAUUCAGUUCCUCUCGAGUCUAGUCCAGAUUUAAAACAAAAACUUGGAAUCGCAUAUUUUUUAUGGGGAUGUUUUGAAGCUCACCAGCAUAAAUUUUGUUAGAUUGCAGUAUAGUUUAUAUUAGAUUCAAUGGGAUUUUCUGGGGUUCUUUCGUUUUAGUUUUCCAAGGUUCUUGGUUGAAUUUUGGAGGUGAUUUGGCACAAGCCCCCAUUUAACUUUGUUUCGUGCUUUUGAUCCAUUGGGCCUUAUGCUUGAGGUAAGUUGGACCAAAAUCAAUGGAAAAUGUGAAUUAUAAUGAAGUGAAAUUGUAUUGAAUGGGUUCUAGAGAAUUUUGUUCCAGGUUAUUCCACUAAAGUGUUAUUGGAGGUAUCUUUGCUUCAGCCUUCGUAUGUCAUGUGAGACAAGAGAAUUCAUUCCAACAACAGCAGGAAAGAGCAGUAAAGCAACAAAUUGAGAGAUUUUACAACGAACUGUAAGAACAGCAAGAGGGUAAAAUGUCAAAAAUAUAUAUUUGUGUAAAAUAUACAGUGAAGUAAAGGUAUUUGUGGUAUUCCCAUUUUUAAAAAUUCUGUUUCAUUAAUUCGAGACAGCAAAAUUUUAUCACAAAAUACUUUCAUGUUCAAUAUUUAUAGUUAAUGCUUGACAUGCGAUUGUGAUUUGAUAGUAUUCCUCUCACGCAUGUUAAAUUAAAUACUACCACUGAUAAAGGAUGAAUAAAUAUCUCGAUGUAAAUAGUUGUAGAAAUUACUUUCACAUGUAUCUGUAAUCUAUGUAAAGAAACCGAGGAAUAUUGAUGAAUGAAGUAAUUUCUCUUCCAUUUUUUGUCUCUUGAUAUGUUAAGGGGUAUCACAUUCUAUAUUUUAGCAAAGAAACCCCGCCAGUGAAAGAAUCAUCUGAAUUAGUACAUAUGAAAAAUGACGAAUGUGUAUUUUGUAUAUUUCAAUAAAAUUUUGUGUGUUGAACAUGUA